UCGUAAGCCCUCUCUUGAAUAUGGAUCUAUCAAACCAACAAAUUGUUGAUUGUCCAAGCUUCAAGCUCGUAAUCUUAGGCGAUGGCGGUACUGGUAAAACAACUUUUCUCAAAAGGCAUCUGAAUGGUGAAUUCGAUAGAAAAUACGAACCUACUAUUAGUGUGGAGGUUCAUCCAUUAGACUUCUUCACGAAUUACGGAAAAAUUCGAUUUAAUUGUUGGGAUACAGUUGGACAAGAGAAUUUUGGAGGUGUUCGUGAUAAUUACUACAUUCAUGGCCAAUGUGCAAUUAUCAUGUUUGAUUUUACAGUCCGCCUGAGCUACAUGAAUGUACCUACAUGGCAUCGCGAUCUUUUUAGGUUUUGUGAAAAUGUCCCUUUUGUUCUUUGCGGAAACAAAAUUGAUAUCAAACACAAACAGGUUAAGGCGAAGGAGAUUAACUUCUACCGGAGGAAGAAAAAUUGGCCGUAUUAUGAGAUCUCGGCGAAGAGUAAUUAUAAUUUAGAGUUGCCUUUUUUAUUCUUAGCUAGAAAGCUUGUUGGGGACGAUAAUCUUCAUUUUGUGGAGUCGCCUGCACUUGCUCCGCCGGAAGUGAUUUUUGAUUUAGAUACGGAGAAAUGGCGGGAAAUAGAGUUUUUGAAUUGCAUUGGUAAACUGCCACUUCCGGAUGAGGAUGAUGAUUUAGCCGAUGAUCUACGCGGCUUUGAUGAAUAGAACGGAUCGAUAGAGGUGGAGUUAGGAUUUUUUAUUUUUAUAUUGCAUAGUUUUAAAUAUUUCUAGGUUUUGGUUUUGGGGAUUUUUUUUAUGCUUUCUAGUAUUAUUGUAAGGUUGUGCAUGGUUUAUAAAGUUAGAUGAAGUAUGUUCAAUCUGUUGUUG